GAGAGACUCUCUCUCACUGCCUUUGUCUAAUGUAUUUUCCAAAAAGGCAGAGGUGAUUAAUACACACUCCAUUACGCACUGUACCUGAGGACUCUGACUCUUCGCUUUCUGAAAGAUAUUAAGGAAUCAUGGUCCGCUUCACAGUCCUGACUACUUUUCUGACUUGUAUGGUGCUCUCAAAGGCCCAACAUGAACCAGGCUACUGCGCUUUCUAUGAGGAGUGUGGUCGUAAUCCGUCACUUGGAGACACCCUCAUCCCCCCUAUCGUCCCCUGUUUUAACUACAGCCGUGCCCGUGCCAUCACAGGAGAGCACUACAAGAAACUCAAACAGGUGUGUCCAAUUUUGGACCGCGGAGAGGGCAACACAUUUGCCUGCUGCUCCAUCAAACAGCUGUCAUCACUGGAAAUGAGUCUGACUUUGUCUAAGGCAGUGCUGGUCCGCUGCCCUUCCUGCGCUGAGAACUUUGCCCACCUGCACUGCAUCAACACCUGCAGCCCCAACCAGAGCCAGACAGUAAAGGUCACAAAGGUCAUGAAUGUCACCAGCCUGGGCAAGAUAAGGGAAGCCGUGGUAGGUUACCAGGCCUUCAUCAGCACCACCUUCGCAGACGCCGCCUUUCAGUCUUGUAAGAAUGUCCGGAUCCCAGCCACAGGAGGCUUCGCCAUUGCCACCAUGUGUGGUCGAUAUGGCGCCAAGCUUUGCACCCCCCAGAACUGGUAUGACUUCCAGGGAGACUCUAGUAACGGCCUGGCUCCACUGGACAUCGACUUCCAACUGAAAAAAGAAGGAGACACAGAGGGUCUACCAAAGGGUGUGAUUCCGUACAAUGGACGUGCUCUUAAGUGUAAUGAGAUCACACCAUCUGGGGGCCAGGUCUGCUCCUGCCAGGACUGCCAAGAGUCGUGUCCGAAGGUGCCAUCUCCUGCACUGCCCCCCGGCCCCUUCAGACUGUUGGGAACAGACGGCUUCCUCGUGAUUUCUAUCAUCUUACUCUGUCUUCUUUUGUUUGCCUUCAUUUUCUACCUCGCCGUGUCUUGCCUGGUGAGGUCCCAGAAAAAAAAGGCAGAGGAGAAAGGAAAGAGACAGGGGAAACACAAAGACCAGAACAGUAAUGAUGUGACUCAGCAAGUCAUUCAUCCAUCAGAGGUGACAUGCGCGGACAGAAACAGCAUGGCCGCUCAAGCUUUCCUAAGUAAACAGUUUCAGCACUGGGGAACCCUCAUGGCCUCUUAUCCUCUCACGGUGCUCCUGUUAUCGGCUGCAGUAGUAGCUGUCUUCUCUGCCGGUCUCAAGUCCAUAGAGCUAACCACCGAUCCAGUCGAGUUGUGGUCUGCUCCCAACAGCCGUGCCCGCCAGGAGAAAGAAUUCCACGAUUCACACUUUGGCCCCUUUUUCAGAACGAACCAGCUGAUCUUGACAGCACCGGGCAGACAAGGCCACACUUAUGACUCUUUGCUCUUUGGACCCCAGAACUUCAGUGGGCUUGUAUCCAAAGAUCUCGUCAUUGAGUUGCUGGAGCUCCAGACACGAAUCAGGAACAUCAGCUUCUGGUCAGAGGAUCUGAACCACACAGCAACUCUAAAGGAUGUGUGUUUUGCACCGCUUAACCCAUCCAACCCUUCGGUGACGGACUGUGCAAUCAACAGCUUGCCACAGUACUUCCAGAACAGCCUGGACAACAUUAAUGCCAAGGUGAACAUGACAGAGCUGGGAGUGACCAAAGAAGUGGACUGGAGAGACCACUUAAUCUACUGCCUCAACUCCCCCCUGUCCUUCAAAGACAUCACUGAUUUAGGUAUGAGCUGCAUGGCUGAUUAUGGAGCUCCAGUUUUCCCCUUCCUGGCGGUGGGAGGCUACGAUAAUGACGACUUCACCAACGCUGAGGCUUUCAUCCUGACCUUCUCCCUCAACAACUACGCUCGCAAUGACCCCAAGUUCAAAGUGGCUAUGCAGUGGGAGACAGAAUUUCUUAAAAUUGUUCAGGACUACCAGAAGAACCCAGCCGCCAACUUCACCUUUGCAUACAUGGCAGAGAGGUCUCUAGAGGAUGAGAUUAAUCGAACAACAGCUGAGGAUAUCCCCAUCUUCAUGAUCAGCUAUGCUGUAAUCUUUGUUUACAUUGCUGUGGCACUGGGGGAGUACUCUUCAUGGAAGCGCAUACUGGUGGACUCCAAGUUUCUUGUGGGCCUGGGUGGCAUCCUGGUGGUCGGUUGUUCUGUCCUCACCUCCAUGGGCUUCUAUUCCUGGAUUGGCAUCCCCUCCUCGCUGGUGAUCCUGCAGGUCGUGCCAUUCCUGGUGCUCGCUGUUGGAGCAGACAACAUCUUCAUCUUUGUUCUGGAGUACCAGAGAGAUGUACGGAGGCCGGAAGAGAGGAGAGAGGAGCAGAUUGGUCGUGUCCUCGGAAGCGUAGCUCCCAGCAUGCUCCUAUGCAGUCUCUCUGAGGCUGUCUGCUUCUUUCUAGGGGCCCUGUCCACCAUGCCAGCAGUGAAAACCUUUGCUCUGUACGCUGCACUGGCCGUGCUUAUGGACUUCGUCCUUCAGAUGACAGCCUUUGUGGCCCUGCUGUCCCUAGACGCCCGGCGCCAAGACAACAACCGCUGUGAACUGCUCUGCUGUGUAACAGUGUCAACUCAGCGCCCCAACAAGCCAAAUGAGGGCUUCCUGCUGCCCUUCAUGAGGAAAUAUUACGCCCCCGUCCUGUUGCACCGUUUCACUAGGAUCAUAGUGAUGGUGGUUUUCAUAUUCAUGUUCUGUGGAUCUUUAUACCUCAUGUUUAAUGUAACCGUGGGUCUAGAUCAGGAGCUGGCUAUGCCUAAGGGUUCUUAUAUGUUGGACUACUUCCAAUACCUGUACAAAUAUUUUGAAGUUGGAGUCCCAGUUUAUUUUGUAACAAAAAAGGGCUUCAACUUCAACACUGUGGAGGGCAUGAAUGCAGUCUGUUCCAGCGUGGGCUGCGAUCAGUUCUCACUCACCCAGAAGAUCCAGUAUGCCACCAACUACCCUGAUCUAUCCUACUUGGCUAUUCCUGCUAACUCCUGGGUAGAUGAUUUCAUUGACUGGCUGAACCCUGGAUCCAGAUGUUGUCGUCUGUAUGGCUUUGGUGCCAAUGCUGGGAAGUUCUGCCCCGCAAGUGAACCAACUUGGCGAUGUCCCCGGAAGUGUAUGGCUAUUCCUUCAGAUGGUGUCCUCAGGCCAACUGUGGAACAAUUCAAUCGCUUCCUCCCUGACUUCCUGGGUAACAGGCCGGACCUUCAGUGCCCCAAAGGUGGUCUUGGAGCCUAUGACACAUCUGUGGUGAGAGAUCAGAGUGGGGAAAUUAUAGCCUCUCGGUUCAUGGCUUACCACACACCUUUAACCAACUCUCAGGAGUUCACUGCUGCCUUGCUGAAGGCCAGAGAGCUGGCCCACAACAUCACAUUGGGCAUGAGGCAGAUACCAGGCACCUCACCUGACUUUGAAGUAUUUCCUUACACGUUGACUAAUGUCUUUUACGAGCAGUACCUGACCAUUGUGCCAGAGGGACUCUUCAACAUCUCUUUGUGUCUGCUGCCGACCUUUGUGGUGUGCUGUCUAUUACUGGGUUUGGAUCUUCGCUCUGGUUUGCUCAACCUCAUCACCAUAAUCAUGAUCACAGUGGACACUGUUGGUGUCAUGACACUGUGGGGCAUUGAUUACAACGCAGUGGCCCUCAUCAAUCUGGUCACGGCCGUGGGCAUCUCUGUGGAGUUUGUGUCUCAUAUGACCAGAUCCUUUGCACUCAGCACUAAGCCAACACAUGUAGAAAGAGCUAUGGAGGCUACUGCCAACAUGGGCAGCGCGGUGUUCGCUGGUGUUGCUAUGACCAACCUGCCAGGCAUCCUUGUGCUGGCAUUUGCCAAAGCGCAACUUAUCCAGAUCUUCUUCUUCCGAUUAAACCUGGUGAUAACACUUUUGGGGAUGGCUCACGGACUCAUAUUCCUCCCGGUGCUGCUCAGCUACUUUGGUCCCGGUGUGAAUAAAGCAGUGCUGCUGCAGCUCCAGCAGGAGAAAGCAAAAGCCAGCCAAGGGCUGGAGAUGAGAAAUAACAUGAAACAAGUCUAUGACAACUUGAGCUAUGAAGACAAUGAGAUGAAACAGGGUGCAGACUUCAUAAAGUACACCAGCAGACCUACACAAAUUAACGAGAACCGACAGGAGAAGAAAGAGGAAAGAAUUGACCGUUUUUGAGCACCACAAAAAACUGUUUUUAAGCUCUGAUAAGUGAAUACCUCUGUGACAAACUGAACAAGGACAGGCACAUAAAAGGACAGAGAUAGUGAACAUGGAGUCAUGUAUUUUGCUCCGUAUGGAAAUCAUUAACUUAACUAUGUACCUCAAUCAGAAAUGGAGAGGUGGGACUGAAGACGACAACACACAGCUGUGCAAUAUUUCUGAGAAAUGCAAGAGUGGACUAUUGCAAUAAGAGUCAACCUUCCUGUCUUAACAUGUGAAAAUCUACACGUCUGUCUUCACAAGCACUGCUGGACAAGAUGAGUUGAUUCCAAAUGUGGAAUGAUUUGACCGGAGGUUGACAAAUGUUCUUGAAUUAGUCAUUUUGUAUUUUUUGUAUUGUAUGUAAUUAUUUUGUAUGUUUAAUACUUAACAUUAGUACUGUUUAAAAUGAUUUUAUGGAACAAACACUCCAGUUUUUCAUAUUAUAGUUUCUUCAAUAGAAGUAUGGUGGCAUUGGUGUAUACUGUGCAAGCAGUAAAGAAUAUUAUCAAAUGUGUUUAAACAUUUGGUAUCAUAAUUUUUCAUAAGUUAUUUAUGGUACAAAAAAGACACGCUAGAUUGUCAUGCAUCAAAUACAAGGUCUAUGACUGAAA